GACGUCAUUGAAGGAUUUUGAUUGCCAAAUCAGGUCGCUUCUGACAUGGACUCAGCACUGAGUUUAGAACAUUUCUCCGCGACUUCAAAAGUGUAGUUCUUGUGUGAGUUUGAAGAAGUUUGUUACCUCGUCUUCUCUGCUUAUUAGGCUACCUUGUUUCAGUGAUGGCGUUACAUGGCAAAGUGGCUUUAGUGACUGGUGCGGCGGAAGGUUUGGGAAAAGGUUUCUCAGAAAUUCUUUUGCAAGAAGGAGCAAAGGUAGCCCUGUUGGAUAUAAAUGAGUCAGGGGGGAAGGAUUUGAAGGCUGCCUUUGAUAAAGAAUAUGGACCAGACAGAACACUGUUUCUUACCUGCACCGUUGAAUCUGAGGAACAACUAAAAGAUGCCUUUGAGAAAACGGUAGAGACGUUUGGGGGCUUAGACAUCGUCUGCAACAACGCUGGUAUCAUCGAUGAGACGAACUGGGAGAAAUGUGUGUCUAUAAACCUCAAUGGAGUGGUGAGAGGCACGUAUCUGGCUCUCCAGCACAUGAAAAAGCAGAACAGAGGGCAGGGAGGGGUCAUCAUCAACGUAGCGUCUAUGGCAGGUCUGGGUCCUCUGCUGACUGCUCCCAUCUACACAGCCACCAAACACGGGGUGGUGGGGUUCAGUCGGGCUAUGGCGGAUGUCUCCUGUUUGUGUGACUACGGGGUGCGAAUUAAUGUCCUCUGCCCUGCAUUCGUCCAAACCGCCAUCCUCUCCUCCCUGAGUUCAGAGGCGACUGCGGGACAGUUCGCAGGUCUGAGGGGAGUGGCAGAGAAACUACUGGAAAGGUUUGGUGUGCUUGAAGUCUCCGAGGUAGCCAAGAACUUCUUGAAGCUGGUGACGGAUGAGAGUCGAAACGGAGAGGCCCUUUUGGUACAGAAGGAGGGAGCUUCAUAUGUAACGUUUCCCCAAGUGGCUUCCCAGCUGCCCAGUAUCCUUGCCCCAUCUCUGUAGCAGAAUCCCACCCCCAGCUAGCUGGUAUGUCUGCAGUCUAACACAAGGCCUGGACCUGUGUGUUCUGGUGUUCUGGACCUGUUGCUUGUAUGAAAUAACUAUUGUGUAAACAACAUGAUUGUAUUAUCACCUCCCACUAUAUAAGGGACAUGUAACCAUUUACUCUUCGAGUUCUUCCCUGUGAAAUCAGAGAUCUCAUUCUCGCAGCUGCAUGAUUAAAGAUUUUUCUAUUAUAGAA